GUAGAAUCGGACGGACAGACGGACAUGGCUAGAUAGACUCGUCUAGUGAUGCUGAUCAAGAAUAUAUAUACUUCCUUCACUGCGAUGCAGACUUCUGACUGAAACCAUAAUACCCUCUGCAAGGGUAUAAAAAUUAGAGAAGUCAACUAAGCAAUUACAUUGUUUCCGCAAGGCUGACUUUCAGCGGCUAAAUCUUUAUAUAUCACGUUUUAAUUGGUCCUAAAUCUACUCAUCCCAAAAUAUGGAUGAUGCUAUAAUAUUUUCUAUAGUACAGUUAAUUCGUUUUUCAAUUCUUGUGUUCCGUUAUACUACCCGUCAGUCUCCAACAAGCCACCUUGGUUCAGUAAAAAGUUGACAUACUUAAAAAAUUAGAAGUCCAGACCUUAUAGGAAAUUCAAAGGUACCGGUUCUCAGUCUAUUUAUUCUAGAUACUUAACUGCUCGGUCUAGUUCUAUAGUGCCUAACUCUCUGUGUUACAAAAACUAUUUAAGUCUUUGUUCAAUUCUCAAUUCUCUCAGAAUCCGAUAAACUUUUAUAAUUUUGUUAACGCUAAGCGUAAAUCUACCAAUUAUCCUUCGUCGUUAUCUUUUGAAAAUAUUACCGCAACAACUGAUCAGGCCAGAGAGCAUCCUUACAAGAGGCGCCCGAGCAGGGACAUUGAGGAUAACUAGAGCAACACCAAAGUGGCUUAAAGAGCCACAAAGAUAAAUAUCUUUAUCCUGUAGAAUCGAACACCUGCCGAGACCCGCAAACUGCUGAAGCGAAGGACUGCGACGAGCAAAAGGAGAAGGAAAGAAUAGAGAACCGAUAUUGAAAAGGAAAAGGAUGGAGUUUCGUGUACUUCAAUAAACCAAAGGAGUCCGACGGCAAGUACGAAGAAGCCGAUUUGAUUGAAAACCCGGGCAUAGGAGUACGAUGGAGCUAUGCCCGCCGUAAAGAUGAGCUAGCCGCUCUAGCACUCAAGUUCCGGUUCAGCGCCGACGGCACCGUAGCAGAAACGCAGAAGGGAUUCGCUGCACUUGUGAGUACAGGAUCGUUUCCAGAGUCGGUGUGGAAACGGCUCGCUUAGCUACAGGAGCAGUACAUCUCGAGAGCUGUAAGUCUCAACCGACUGGGUGGCAAAUUAGCCAUAGUCAGGUUCCAUGUGUCGCCAUGCCUCUCCCGAUAGACUGACAAGUUAUCGAGGAGUCCAUCCCGGCACGUCACGAGAUCUCAUCGCACCACCAUUCGGAUGCCGCGGCGUGCCGAUGUCGCCAGAUUCAGAAGUCCCAGUAACCGCCACUCUGCCCCGACAUUUACUAGCCGAGCGGAUGCACAAAUGGAACCUACGAUUCGAUGGAACGUCUGACCCGUUGACCUAGAUCGCUUGAGGAGAAAAUAACAAACCAGGAGGAUGUACCCCGCGGCAGACCGGGAUAGGACCCAACCCUCGUCUGACGCCGAACCUCUUUCGAAAUCCCGGGAUACUCAUUCAAGGAGGCAAUGCAACUCAUCGGAUGAUCAGGCAGCCCCUAUCAAACAGCGAGCUUGUGGUAGAUGCGGCGAAGUCGGUCACUUUAUGCGGGGUUGUACUAAUGCACGCCUGAACUUUUGUUGGGAUUGCGGUCGUAGGAACAUACUGACCGUCGAUUGUUGUCGCCGAGACGCCCCGGGAAACGAACAACAUCUUCGCCGAGAUGCGGGCGCAGCGGAGAUGAGCGAAGUAACAGCCCGACUCCAAGAAACCGACCGUUAAGGAUAAGCAACGGCCUGAUCACCGCUACCGUGCGGAUCGGAGGCCGAUGGGUAGACGCCACGGUGGAUACGGGAGCAUCGAGGAGUUUUGCGAGCGAAGGAUAUGCUCGCAUGGUAGCAAGGCGUGAGGAGAUGCAAGAGAUCAUCACUAAAAUAGCGUUAGCUGAUCGGUCAAGUCUGGCAGUGAAGAAGUUAUGGCGUACUCGUGUGGAAUUAGCUGGCACGCAAGUGUGGAUGCCAUUCUUAGUGAUGCCAACCAUGUUGGAUCGCGUGAUAUUAGGUAUGGAUUUCUUGGCGGCGAUGGGAACGCGAAUACAGUGUGGAGGAGCCACCCUUAAAGUAAAAUUGAGCCCGUCGGCGGAAGACCCCCGACUGCGGCCAAGUAAAAUCGAUCUGAUGUCGUCAGAGGAUACGAACCCGGAAGCACUCGAAGGAUGGAGAACGACGGUUCCGGAGACACAGAAAUCCGGCGACAAGGGCACUACGUGUAUCAUGCGUCAGAUGACCACAUCAGGAGUACGAAAUAUCGGUUACGGAGGAGACGAUAUCAGGAGGUGCGACGAGCCGGGAAGGGCCUUGAAGGACUUUCGGCCGGACAAAAUCGUCGAACCAGAGAGCGGAGAUCCAAUGACGGAAGAGGAUGACCUAAGACCCGACCAGCGGGAAUUCAUCACCCGUGAGUUAGCGUUUUUCGAGGAGCUUCAGGUGUAUCACACGUGGCGGAGCAUCGGAUUAUCAUGAGAGACGAUAAACCCUUGAAACAAAGGUACUACCCGAGGAAUCAUUGCCGAAUGCAGAGCGUGAUCGACACCCAAGUGGACGAAUCACUUCGCGAAGACGCCAUCGAACUUUCACGGAAUCCGCAUAGCGCGCCCAUAGUGUUGGUCAAGAAGAAGACGGGUGAAUGGCGCAUGUGCGUUGAUUACAGAUAAUUGAACGCUUACUCAGUGCCCGACGCGUACCCCGUCCCCAGGAUCAACCACAUCCUGGAAAGACUACGUCAAGCCCGAUACAUUUCGAUGCUAGAUUUAAAGCACGGUUAUUGGCAGAUACCCAUGGCCAAGAACAGCCGCCAAUUCAUAGCCAAUGCCCUUCGGACUUCACUCGGCUAGCGCAACUUUCCAACGCGCUUUGGAUAGCGUGAUUGGUGCGGACAUGGAGCCGUUCACCUUCGCCUAUUUGGACGAUAUCAUCGUUAUAGGCGCCACGGAGGAAAAACAUUUGGCCAACCAGGCCGAAGUCUUCCGUAGGCUGCGGAGGGCGAACCUGAAGGUAAACCCAAAGAAGUGCGCGUUCUUCAGGCGGAGACUAGUUUAACUAGGCCACGUGAUUAGUGCCGAAGGAGUCCAGACCGACCCCGAGAAAGUGACGGCCAUUAUCAACCUGAAGCCCCCUACCUGUCUGAAGGAGCUCCGGCAGUGGCUAGGCAUGGCGUCUUGGUAUCGCCGGUUCGUCCCGAACUUCGCGUCUGUGGUACAGCCAAUGACGGCCCUGUUGAAGAAGGGUCGGAAGUGGGCAUGGAGCCACGAACAGCAGAUCGCGCUAGAUGAGGUAAAGAGGAGUUUAACCACUGCCCCCGUGUUAGGGUGUCCCGACUUCGGCAAGACGUUUGUGUUGCAAACUGACGCUAGUGACGUGGGACUUGAAGCAGUCCUGUCGCAAGGCAUCGAAGGCCAGGAGAAAGUCAUCGCUUACGCCAGCCGUCGACACACGGCCACGCAAGGCAAUUACACAACAACAGAGAAGGAGUGUCUGGCCAUCAUAUGGGUCAUUAGUAGAGGUGCAGAAACAUCGAUGGAAACAUCGAUGCAUCGAUGUUUUUCAAAUUUCUAAAAACAUCGAUGUUUUUUUGGACCAUCGAUGUUUCUAGGGCCCUCACAGUUCAAAGAAGAAGAAGUACAAAAGCACGCUAAAGGAAGUAAUAUCGGUGGUGUAGGCGAGACGCUGCUUAAAAUUUCAGCGAUGGAUAAGUUCUUGAAUAUCAGAUCGCCGUACCCGGUUGAAGUCCGGUUUCGUUGACCAACUUAUGUUUGUUAACAAAAAUUAUCAAAGCUUUACAAAGUAAUCCCCUUGAAUCUA